AUGAACACGCAUUCGCGUCGCACUUCUCAGGGCAGUCCUGUGUUUCCUGCAUCUCACGACCAAUCUACUGCAUUUGGGAGUCGCCAGAUGCCCCCUCCCUCCCCUCCACACUCUUAUUCAUCACGGGCUCAGUCCGCCCACGCGCCUGCUUCCCUCAUGUCGCGCGAUGUCCCGACCAGUCAGGCACACAGGCCGGGCAGCAGCAUGUCCAUUUCCGCCAUGCUAGGUUCAGACCCGGACCGGCCUGCGCGAGAACCGACGCGAGAAUCAGCGCCUUUCUUUUCGCGACCAUCUGCAUCCCUCUUCGGUAAUCCGCCUCCGUCGUCAUCGUCUGCCGCCAUGUCACCACCGACUGCCCUUGCACGACCAUCGCCGCUCGAGAACACCUUCUUCCGUCGUUCACAAACACCGGAGAAGCCAUUCUCGAAGCCUCAGACGAACCGUGCGUACCGAUCGGGGUCCGGUGGUUCGGGCCUGGGUGCAGAGCAUUCGACAUUCGGGGGCUUGGCGCGCUCGUCGCUCUCCCAGUAUCCUGAGAAGCCACACUCGACACAUCCUUCGCCUCGAAUCUCCUCGGCAGAGGUAUCUUACAAUGAGCCCCGUCGCAUGAGCCUCAGCGGGCCGAUCGCUCGACCCAGUAGUCAACCACCAAACGCUGAAACACCCUCCCGACCGCCCGGUUACAGUCCGAUCUCCCAGCCAGGUGGAGGUGCCGCCGAUCGAGCCUUCGAGUCGGGCCCCCGACCUGCGUCAGGAUCGUAUGGAGGUAUUGAUUCGCAACACGGUCGGUUUGGAGGUGUGUUUGGCGAUCGGCGGAUGGAUGAUGCGAUACAGCGGGAACGAGAACGUGCUGCGACUCUUGGGGAUCCCAAGUUGUCGCAGCCUGGAUAUCGUUAUGGCUCUCACUAUGCCGAGCGCGAUCCACGGGACCGUGACUCUGGCUCAACGUGGGAGCAUCGCUCUCACCCUCCGUCGCCGGAGAGUAAGCGCUUCCCUGCUCCGGACCAUGGGUCAACUUUCGGGUUUGGGGCUAUCCAGAGCUACACCAAGUCGCUCGGGUCGCAACCCGGGAACAGACAAUCACAAAUAUCCCUACAGUCCCGGAACAGCCAACCAACUCCUCCGCCUCACGAUCCUUACGCCAGACACCAAACCCAGCCUCCUCGCUUGGGGUCCACGCCUACUUUAGCGGUCUCAACGGCGGUCGCCUCCUCCGGGCUUGCAGCCUUGGCGGAUGAGGGACGUCGCAAGGGAAGUGAUGAGCUUUUGCACCAUCGCAGCUUACUGGCUGUCGGUGCAGAAGGUAAGCGCGGUGGCCGUGCCUCUCCGCUGCCGCAAGCUGUACAAGGUGCUCAGGCUCCGUUCAUUGGGCCUGCUGGGGAGUCAUCCAUCAAGAAUGAUCUGGGUCGUGUCUUCUCCGGUAUUGGAAGUGGCGUGGGUGGUGUGACGGCUUCUGCUGGUGGAAGCGGACCAUCCACACCUUUGGGCUCCAGCCCGUUCAAGCGUGAUAGUCUUACGGGUCGCUCGAUCAAUGGAGAGGCUAUCGAUGAGGCGGCGAGACUUGCUCGGCCUCCCUCUGCCUCUGGCAGGCGGUCGAGGAGGCCUCGUGAUGAAGAGCAGAUGGAACUUGAGGCCAAUGACCCUCGUGGUGUACUAUCGGCUCGUAACGCGCGUAGGUCUCGGCAUGCUCAUCACCACCAUCAUCACCACCAUCAUCACCGCCACAAAGCAGAUGAAGAAGCAGCUACUCUAACCUCCCUUCAUCGUCCUGCAAACUUCUUUCACCGAACAUCCCCAGCGGAUCCAUCCGCACACCACCAUCAUUCCCAUCACCAUCACCAUCAUCACCAUGCUCCUAGACAGGCCAUUCCGGCUGCGUCUCCUAUUCGCGAGCCUCGCACCACCGUGAAUCUCGAGCCCCUGCUUUCCAGCGUGGCUCACCUCCCCCGUCAUCAUUUGGGUUCAACCCUGUACUCCCCUCGUGUUGGUGCUCCAGCUGCUAGAUCCUCUGUGGAUAGCUCCAAAUUUGGUUACACCACAACUCCUCGGCCUCUUCCUCGUUUUGAGAAGCGUGAGAAUUGCACUUUCACCGUUCGGGUUCCCCGUUUCCGUAUCGACCAGUCUCACCGCGAAGAGAUCUGUGCACGGCGAGCACUCUGGGGAACCGGCGUCUACACAGAUGACUCUGAUCCCGUCGCCGCUGCUAUUCACUCCGGUUUCAUCCGCGGUGCUUGGGGCGAGGACGUGGACGAGUCGAUGCUCGAUCUCGAGAUCAAAGAUACCUACCAGCACGCACCGCAAGCGCCUGCCGAGGCUGAAGGCAGCAAGGGCAAGUCUCCCACCAAGGAGCCACGCCUACCUCCCAUACCUCCCGCAGACAAGGAUUUGCACAUUACUCUCCUCGUGCUCCCCCGUGUCGCUCAGUACGACUCUACUUUACUGUUCGGCAUCAAGUCUCGCAAAUAUACUGGUCGUCACGACGGCAUGAGCUUCAAGGUCCAUGCUGUAGACUGGGUUGAGGAGGGUGUCGGACGUGGCGAAGAACGUAGCGGUGAAGCCCGUCGCAAACGUCUCCGCACUCUCAUGCAGUCCGGUCGCAUCUGCACCGGGCCUGCUAUGGCAAAGAUGGACGAGCUUCGCCGCAACGGGGUGCAAGUACCUCGCACUAUCGAUGGGCAGGACAAGCCAGCAGCUGUUCAGCCAGUCUCAUAA